AUGGUUGGGAGCGUGCACGUCAAUGGAUCGGUCCACGGUGGCAAUGGCACGGCCACGGAGGAGCGGCUGGACGAGCUGCGCCGGCUGCUGGGCAAGUCGGAGGGGGACCUGCUCAAGAUCGUCAGCGUCGGCGCCGGCGCGUGGGGCAGCGUCUUCGCCGCGCUCCUGCAGGACGCCUACGGCCAUUUCCGGGACAAGGUGCAGAUACGGAUCUGGCGCCGCCCGGGCCGGACGGUGGACCGCUCCACCGCGGAGCACCUGUUCGAGGUGAUCAACUCCAGGGAGGACGUGCUCAGGCGCCUCAUCCGCCGCUGCGCCUACCUCAAGUACGUCGAGGCGCGGCUCGGAGACCGCACGCUGUAUGCCGACGAGAUACUCAAGGAUGGGUUCUGUCUGAACAUGAUCGAGACGCCACUCUGCCCUCUCAAGGUCGUCACCAACCUGCAGGAAGCCGUCUGGGAUGCCGACAUCGUCGUGAAUGGGGUGCCGUCCACCGAGACGAGGGAGGUGUUUGAUGAGAUCAGCAAGUAUUGGAAGGAGAGGAUCAGUGUUCCAGUGAUAAUUUUCCUCGCCAAGGGAAUAGAAGCCUCGUUGGAUCCAAUACCUCGUAUCAUAACACCUACUCAAAUGAUUAGCUCUGCAACUGGAGUUCCAACUGAGAAUAUACUCUAUCUUGGAGGACCAAACAUCGCCUCAGAAAUUUAUAACAAAGAAUAUGCAAACGCUCGAAUCUGUGGAUCCAACAAGUGGAGGAAGCCUCUUGCUAAGUUUUUGAGACAGCCACAUUUUAUUGUCUGGGACAACAGUGAUCUUGUCACUCAUGAGGUGAUGGGUGGUCUGAAGAAUGUCUAUGCAAUUGGCGCUGGAAUGGUGGCAGCUUUAACAAAUGAGAGCGCAACAAGCAAAUCUGUAUAUUUUUCUCAUUGCACGUCAGAGAUGAUAUUCAUUACUCAUUUGCUGACAGAACAACCUGAGAAACUCGCUGGUCCUCUGCUGGCUGACACUUAUGGUGUCUCUGCCGUUGGGGCAUUUUUUGAGCUGCUUAGUCAACCCAGCUUAAGUGUGCAGCACCCAGAAGAAAACAAGCUGGUUGCUCUAGCUGAGCUAUGCCCAAUCCUGAAGAGGCUUUACAGAAUACUGAUAAAAAGGGAGCUCCCAGCAAGGGACAUUCUCCAAGCCCUGAGGGAUGAAACGAUGAAUGAUCCUCGGGAAAGGAUUGAGAUGGCACAAAGCCAUGCAUUCUACCGCCCGUCUCUCCUUGGAAAACCAUGA